UCCUAUAAGUGUCACGAGAUAUGAUCCAGAAACUUCCGCUGGUCCGCUGACGCGACGGGUGGAACUUUGCUCCUGGCUCGAAGACAUGGAUUCAAGAAAUCGUAACUUCUGCUUUCAGUCAUCUUCAACCACGUAUUUCCUCUGUUAUGUGUAUAGGAAGAAGAACUGCUCAUCCUCAAUCUCUGACCGCCCCUAACAGCUCCUCGUAUAAAGGCAGGCCCCCCUCCUGCUUGCUCUAUGUAAUUCUCGUACCACGCCUUCCUCCACGCUGUGCGGCACGCCCACACCCCUGCGUGCUUUCCUGGAGUUCCACCGCUCCAUCUUUCUCCUCACCAUGGCCAUUGAUCCUGAAAGCCGAGCACGCCUCCAGGAUUCAUUAGACUGCCCGCAGACCUUUGAGUCUACAUCCAUUAUGCGAGCGUUCCCUCGAAUCUAACCCGAGUUUCACGCUCU